GUGAACGCGAGAUCUCUGGCGGAGCUUUCCUCGCCGCACCACCAACUUGUCACCAAAGAUGGCGAGUUGCUGAAUGCUCAUGGCUACACACAUUUCUCGGCUAGUUGUUAUCUUACCCAAAACGCCAACUUUAAAAACAAAUUAACUGUUUAGCGAGCAGCUGUUUCUCCGUUUGAAGCACCUCUGACCCAGCGUCAGUCGCCGUUACCAUGCAGAUCACACUUAAAACGCUGCAGCAGCAGACUAUUCAGAUUGAGAUAGACCCCGAACAAACGGUGAAGGCCUUGAAAGAGAAGAUAGAAGCAGAAAGGGGAAAAGACAACUUUCCUGUGUCCGGGCAGAAGCUGAUAUAUGCUGGGAAAAUUUUGCAAGAUGACACACCAAUUAAGGACUACAAAAUUGAUGAGAAGAACUUUGUUGUAGUGAUGGUGUCCAAGGCUAAGCCUGCAGUUGCAGCCUCACCAUCAGUCUCAGAAGCACCCAAACCCCCAGUACAGGACUCUGGCUCCACAUCAACAGCUGCCCCGACUACAAACCCAACUCCAGCCCCAGCCCCUGCCCCUGCAGCUGUCCCCAUUCCUAGCGGGGAGGCCAAAGAGGAGUCAAGUGCCGUAGCCACAGAACCACAACAACCAGCUAGCUCCAGUGGUGGAAGUCAGGGCCUGGAUGCAUCCUCGACGCUGGUGACCGGAGCGGAGUAUGAGGCGAUGCUGACGGAGAUCAUGUCUAUGGGCUAUGAAAGGGAGAGAGUUGUGGCUGCGCUACGGGCCAGUUUCAACAACCCCCACAGAGCCGUGGAGUACCUUCUUACUGGUAUCCCUAGCAGCCCAGUGCAGGAGAGUAAUCCCCCAGCGCAGGCUCCCACAUCUGGAACCACAGAAGCUCCGUCUGUACCAGAAGGAGAGAACCCGCUUGCAUUCCUGCGCACUCAGCCCCAGUUCCUGCACAUGAGACAGGCCAUCCAGCAGAACCCCGCCCUGCUUCCCGCUCUCCUCCAGCAGCUAGGCCGGGAGAAUCCUCAGCUUCUACAGCAAAUCAGUCAGCAUCAGGAGCUGUUUAUCCAGAUGUUGAACGAACCAGUGGGAGAGGGGGGAGAUGCACCAGAGGUUGGAGAGAUGGGGGCAGCAGGGGAGGAAGGCGCGCCUGUCAACUACAUCCAGGUUACACCUCAGGAGAAGGAAGCCAUUGAAAGGUUAAAAGCGUUGGGUUUCCCUGAGGCGCUGGUCAUUCAGGCCUACUUUGCCUGCGAGAAGAACGAGAACCUGGCGGCCAACUUUCUCCUCAACCAGGGACUGGAAGACGACUGAACGGCAGAGGGUCACUGCCUUCCUGCUCCUCCCUCCUACCCUUCACCCCUCUUCUUCAGCUCAGCAUAAAGACUGCACCCCCAGAUUUUACUGUACAACCUCAGCUCAUCCCAAACAGGAGGGGGGGAAGCCAGUGAUGGGAGAAGGGUGGAGGGGGGUGGGAGAAGAGGGGUGGCGGGGCAGGGGGAUGGGAAGGGGAGACGGGGGAGGGUUUAGGUUUCGGAGGGAUUACAAGUACACAAGGUCGACGGUUGUGUGCAGGAAGGUCGGGGCGGUUUUAAAGAAGAAAAAAAAAGUGGAAGAAUUAUGAAAUCCACGUGAAUUCCAAUGGAAUGUGUGGGGUUUGUUUAGGGGAGAUCUAUAAUUUGAUUUUAGACGCGCUUUGUGAACAUUCGGGUGGGGGGGGAGGGGCGGGGCAGUGAGAGUGUGUGCUCGUGUCUGCGUGUGUGUCCACGUAUGCCUGUGCAGAUGGAUGCGAUACAGUUAAGCUGAAAAAGUAAUCGAUCUGGCAUUCUCUAAGUUUGUUAAUGCUGUAGCCGCGAUUGUAAGGAAGCACGUUACUCCUCACCGCACGUAAUCUGUGUGCGAGCGUGUUUGUGUGUCUGUGCGUGUGUGUAUAAACUGCUCGUGUGUUGGAAGCUAACAGUGGAGGAACAACAUAGAUGGACUGGUUCUUGCUGCCCCCCUUGUUUUCUCUGUCUGACGUGACGUUGCUGGGAACCAUCGGCCCACAUGAGAACUAAACUGACAAAUGAGUAUCUGCUUUUCCUGUUCCUCACUUUGUGCUGCCCAGUCAGGAGUCCCUGCAAACACUGUGCCCGCCCGCUCAAACGUCUGAGGGUUUUAUGUGCGCUGAUAGCUUCUGGUGCCAAUUAACACUACUCAUAAACAUCUGUGGUGUUCUCCGUAAGAACACGGCUUUCAUUUGUGGUGGCAGGUGUGCGUGCCGAGGAUUAGCAGUGCCAGGUCACCAUCAUCGCUUUGCAUCGCUUCAUACUCAUGAGGCUUUAAGCUUUCGAAGAGACAAACGUCUAAAUUGACAAUCAUGAAGGAAAAAACCUACAAUAAUCACGAGGAAUGAAUGACCUAAUGCAGCGAAUUUAUAUGUUAAAGAAUUUCACUGCGUCAUCUAAAGCGUUAAUUAGCAGAGCUUUGUAGCCACCUCUUCUUUUUCUAACAGGUUGCAUUAGAGUAGACUUGUUAUGCUUUUCCUUUAUUCUGUCAUAUUUAUGUAGUGUUAAAAUUAUGGAAUAAUAAACAAAGCAACGAGUUUCAACUAACGAUCCAUGUGUAUAUACACAUGAGGCAGGUGUCUGACUGCUUUAAAUGAUCACUUUCAGGCAGUUUUUCUUCUCUUGGCUCUGUAUGAUGUCACAGAGAGGGGCGUCCCCACCCACCUGCUGCUCAGAUCUUCUGUUUCUUGGGGGAAACUUGAGUCUAGUUUAGGAUGAGGAUUAUUUUGAGCUGCGAGUCUUCCGUCGCCUCUCUAGCAGAGUCCAAGAAUAAAAAUGCAGUGCUAAAAGUGAGCAUGAUAGUUCCCCUUUAAGAACAAGUGAACUCAUUGUCUGAUUACUACCUACAGUGACAUGUCUGGGUGUUUACAAAAGUUUCUUUUUUUAAAUUUGAGUUUCCUUCUAAAUCAGCUUUCGGACACUAAAAAAUGAAAGGAAAGGUCUGGAAAUCAAAUAAGCCUUCAGCUUCCUCGUGGAGCAGAUGACCUGUAAUCAUCCUGGUCUGUGGCAAACUGAAUUUAAAGUGAUGUGGCUAAAUAGGAGCGUGAAUAAAGCAGAGAUUCAGUUAUGCUAAAUUCACUCCGUCAUUGUCUGAAUGUUGUGACACGGAGUCUGAGAGGGCCACGCAGAGAAACAUGCUGCUGUUCCCUUUAUAGUCUGAUUAGCUAGCCUCCUGUUACUGUGUGUAAUGUGUAGUUAUCAUUAAGAACAAAAACCCACCGAAGUUGAGUCAAACUCACUUGAGAUGUUGGCCCUUGCACACCUGCCGCCGAUCAUAAGGCCGUGCUCUUACUUUGCAGUAGUGUUGAUCAACACGGAGGCGCGCACGGGUUGGAUUGAAGGCUACCAGUGCACACAAAGCAGCUAAUGAGGAGCAAUGUGAGGAACAGAUCUGAUCCAUCGUCACCAUCAUACCCACCGUAUGUGCACACGGGCUCAUGACCCACUACAGAUUACUGUUUUGAAGCUUUGCUGACCCGGGCCCUGUUCUUCACACGUGUGGGGUGACUAAAACCAGCUACAUGCUGCUAUCAGGCUAAAACAGAGCGAAUUGUCGUUCAUUUGAUCUGAAAGCAUUCUGAGGACUGAUAACCUCGGAUGAAGUUCUCAGUGCGUGGAGCUGGAGCCGGAACUCCAAUCAGCACAGUAGCUUUCAAAUAGUUCUGCAGGUUAAUUUAGGAUUUUUAGUGUUUAAGAAGAUGCAUUGUCAUUCUGAUGUCUCUUUUAAUGGGUUGUGCGUUCUUUUUGGGUUUUUUGUCAUGCAUAGAUACAGUUAAGAUUAAAGAUGCAGGUAUGGAUUUUAUUAAGACAUUUGGAUCAGAAAAUGAGUGCAAAAGUGGGAUUCCACGACUCUGGCUUCAAAGAACCGAAACAGUCCAGGUCUCGUAUCAAAUUAUCAGCAAACCUUGAACGACUUGAGGCGUCCACACGCGGAGAACGGGGCCCCGGUUUGUGGUGUGUGAGGUGGGGAUGUGUGGAAACCUUGAUGCGGGUCUGCAAGGAGACGGUAACUGUUAACUGCAGUCUCAUCCUGUGUGUGCGUGAGGGCAGUUUAUACUGACAGCUGUCCUACAGCAUCAACAUGAUCUUAGACUAUGCUGUGCUACAUUAAAUAUCAGCAGUCUUUCAGG